AUGUGCAAGAUCCCGGUGGAGUUGCAUGCUCAGGGGGAUCUACAGGUGGCCGAGGAACACCUGGUUGUGAGCAGCCCGGACCUCUCCCUGCCUGUGUUCGAGUUCCUGCCCGUCCGCUGCUCCUUCAACGCGUCCCGUCCACAGCAGAGGGUGGAGAUAGGGCUGCUGCUACAGCGACGCAACGGGGCCUUUAUGCUAUCCUCGAUAGGGCCGUGUGUGGUAUUGGCGCUGCUGGGCCACCUUUCCUUCUUAGCCUUUCCACUACACCUCUUCACUGACAGGGCCUCCACCUCCCUCUCGCUGCUCAUCGUGGUGGCGGCUCUCUUUUCCCAGGCAAGUCACCCAAAUUACUGUUAUCUUUUCGUCCCGCAAGGUUUUUGGAGCACUUUGUUCAGGACGAGCAGCACCUUACCGGCCUCCUCUGGUCCGAAGGCCAUAGACAUGUGGUUCUUCUACUGGAUCCUCCGGUUCUUCUUUUUCUUCCUGUUUCACUGUAUCGUGGAAUUCCAGCACAGGAAAGUCACAGCAGCAGCUAACAAGAAACUCCGCCAGGCUUCGCUUAUCAAGGAAACACUCGUCCUCCCAGUGAGGCCGCCAUCCCCACCGCUCGACAAGGGCAAAGGCGCCGCCACGCACCAGAUUGGCCAGUGGCUGACCGAUGACAAUCACGACGUCUCGCCCGCCGCUUCGAUGUCCCCAGAGAAAGUGAACAAGAUCUGCUUUGUCUUCGGCAUAAUUCAUGACGUCCUGUUCCUCGUCGUCUUUGUUUUGUACCUCAACGGCAUAAAUCGCUACUUUACAAAUAUAUUUUACACCUUCAAGGACUGUUCCACCCAAGAAUAAUGGGCCACGCAGGGACAGAAGAGCCUCUAUGCUGCCAUCAAGGGGACUUCCUGUUCUUGUGGUCGAGGCUGCGGCUUAUGAUGCGGCAGUGGGGAGUUGGGAGCUUUCGCCCGUGCGCCAUCUGGUGGGAGUUUGGCGCUCUUUCGCACUUCGCCUUUUUUUCUUGUUGUUGUCUAACCUGGUUGACGGCAAAUUUUUGUCUUCACCUGUUUGACACUAAAGCACUGAUACACUCCAGCCUUGUAUUGUUUCUUUUCUUUAUUCACAAAUGUAU